AUGGGGAAGAAAGUUAAGAAAGAAGUUGUUCCACCAGCAAAGGAUGUGUUCGAUCCAUUAGCAAUUGAAAGUAAGAAGGCCGAAACGGCGGUGUUGAUGCUGCAGUCUGCAGAACAAGAGAUUCUCACAAAGGCCUGUGAUGCCUUGUAUAAGUUUGCACAGAAAGGAGUUGAAAAUAAGGUAAAACUUCUAGGAUUCGGUGCGGUAGAAUCAUUAUCGAAGCUCAUCUCUCACGAAGAUAAGACAGUUCGCAGAAAUUCUGUCAUGGUGUGUGGGAUCAUGGCAGCACACAAUGACGUCCGGAAACUGAUGCGGAAGCUGGAUAUCAUACCUUCUUUAAUUGCUCGUCUUGUUCCAGAAGAGGAAGUAGUGGUCCAUGAGUUUUCCACUCUUUGCCUAGCACACAUGGCCACUGACUAUUGCAGCAAGGCAAGAAUUUUCGAGCUGAAUGGCUUAGGGCAUCUCAUCCGUUUACUAGGCAGCCCUGAUCCAGAUGUGAAGAAGAAUUCGGUUGAAUGUAUUUAUCUGUUGGCCCAGGAUUUCCAGAGCCGCAGUGCCGUGUGUGAAAACGAUGCUGUACCCCCGUUGUUGGAGCUCUUGAAGUCAGACUACCCGGUUAUUCAGCAGUUGUCUCUGAAGGCUCUUGGCAGUAUCAGCUGUGAAGCAGACUGCAGGCUGGCUCUCAAGGAGAACCAAGCCAUGGAUCAUCUCAUAAAAAUCCUGGAAGCAAAGGAGCUUAAUGACUUACACGUGGAGGCCCUUUUGAUAAUUGCUAACUGCCUUGAGGACGCAGAUACUGUGCAGCUUCUCCAGCAGUCAGGAGGACUCAAGAAGAUUCUGACCUUUGCGGAGACAUCUCCCCUGGCUGACAUACAGAGGAAUGCCGCCAAGGCCAUCGCCAAGUCAGCUCACAAUGCCGAGAACAGAAAAUUCUUCCAUGAACAAGAAGCCGAGAAGACUCUAUUGAACUUGCUGUCUACUGAUAAUGAUGGGGUUAAGACUGCUUCAUUGCAAGCUAUAUCUGCCAUGUGUGCAAGUGAAGCCAGCAAGGAUCUCUUCGGUGAGCAUGGAAUCCCUCAGAUAAUUCAUUUAUUGAACAAGGACAGCGCAGAGCUGCGAGAGGCUGCAGCAUUCACCAUGGCCAAUCUUACCACCGGUUCCCCGAGCAAUGCCAGCAAAGCGGCUGAGGCAGAUGGACCCGCGACAUUCAUUCAUCUGUUGUCAGAUAAAAGGGAUGGAGUGGUUACUAACGCCUGCAUGGUUCUCAUCAACAUGGCCGCACAGGAGUCUCUUCGGCCCAUUCUACAAGCUCAGGGUGUCAUGAACGCUUUGGUGGAACCGUUACAGUCCUCCAGCAAUCUGGUGCAGAGUAAAGCAGUGCUCACCGUGGCCGCAGUGGGGUGUGACGCAGAAGCCAGAGCUGAGUUUAGGAAUGCUGGUGGAUUGACCCAUCUUGUUAAACUUCUAAGCUCUAACUAUGAUGAUGUGCGGAGAAAUGCAUACUGGGCCGUCGCUGUGUGUGCAAAUGAAGAAUUGACUGCAGCUGAACUCUAUAGAUUGGGGGCUUAUGACGUUCUCCAGGAGAUAAAUCUUUCAGCAAGUCGCAGAAACAAUUUUAGCGAGCUGGCUCUGAACAAGAUGCUGGAUAAUAACCUUUCUCUGAAAUACAACCAGAAAGGAUUUUUAUCCUACACCAACCUCAUAAAUGAUGGAUUUUAUGACCACGGCCGGAUAAAACCUGAUGCAAAGUUACCAUCUCUGGAAGAACUUAGCAAACAGGAGCUGAACCAAAGCCGGGCAGUUAUUUUAAUCAAUACAAAAUUACCUGAACUUGCUACCCCAUCACCCCUUCCAGUGGAGGAGAAAACAGAGCCAAAUAUCAGACAGUCUCCAUCUUCACAGAGCAGAAGCGCCUCUAAAGAAAAAGGAGGUCGGGGUCAGUCACCAGUAGAAGACAAACAAGAACAUUCUUCGGGGCGAUCUCCUUCUGUAAGCCGUAGUAGGACGAAGGAGAAAUCUUCCAGCAAAGGAAAGGGCAAAGCGAAGAAGGAGGAAGAGAAGGUGAAAGAGGAAGAUGAGGUAUCCCGGGUCAUAGCUCAACCAGACCCCACUCCUGAGACCCUGCACUGGUUCCCACCAUGUGACAAGGAAUUAAAUGACUAUAUCUCAGAGGCGUCCACUACAAUCCUUCCUCUUCCACACCUCCGAGAGCAAGUGGUAGCUCUGGCACAGUUUGUGGCUGAAAGGAUGGGCGGUGCGAUAGAGAGAGAAGGAGUGCAUGAAUUCAGCUGGGAGCUCCAUAUCAGUGAACUUAAAUUUGAGCUGAACAGUAAUGUUGUUCCCAUCGGGAAGAUUAAGAAAGGGAUAUUCUAUCACCGAGCCCUGCUGUAUAAGGCUGUAGCAGACAGAAUUGGCAUCGCUUGUACUCUGGAACGGGGUGACUAUGGUCGUGCUUGGAAUGAAGUCAAGUUGUUCAGUGACUCACUGAGACCAGGGACAAAAGCUCUUCCAGAGAGUUACAUUGUGGAUCUCAUGCAUGAACCAGGCCGCCUAAUAAAGCACGGAACUGCGCAGGCCGAGAGCUAUCAGCAGAUAUGAGAAUUAUAUCCAGCUAACCGCUCAGGAUUUUUUUUCUUGAUAGCUCCAU